AUGGGGAGGAUCAGGAAAAAUCACUUUGGGAUUUUGACUUUUUCCUUACUCGUGACUUUUGUCUGGGCUCAAAGCGUCAAGGAUCUCAAAGAUCCAAGCAAUAUGCCUCUCGUAAAAGAAACUGUGGACAGACUGAUGAAAGGAUACGACAUUCGGUUGAGGCCAGAUUUUGGAGGUGCGCCGGUGGCGGUGGGAAUGAAUAUAGACAUAGCCAGCAUAGACAUGGUGUCUGAAGUAAAUAUGGACUACACCUUGACGAUGUACUUCCAGCAAGCAUGGCGGGACAAGCGUCUAUCCUACUCUGAGAUAGCCUACAACCUGACUCUGGAUAACAGAGUGGCCGAUCAGCUGUGGGUCCCUGACACCUACUUCCUCAACGACAAGAAGUCCUUUGUCCACGGCGUCACAGUCAAGAACAGGAUGAUCCGUCUCCACCCAGAUGGCACAGUGCUUUAUGGACUCAGGAUCACCACAACUGCAGCCUGCAUGAUGGACCUGCGCCGCUACCCUCUAGACGAGCAAAACUGCACCCUAGAGAUCGAAAGCUAUGGCUACACGACUGAUGAUAUCGAGUUUUACUGGCGAGGCGGAGACGGCGCCGUGUCCGGGGUCGACAGAAUAGAGCUGCCACAGUUCUCUAUUGUCGACUAUAAACUCAUCUCCAAGAAUGUGGUCUUCUCUACAGGUUCCUACCCCCGCCUGUCCCUCAGUUUCAAACUGAAGAGGAACAUUGGUUACUUCAUCCUGCAGACAUACAUGCCUUCCAUCCUGAUUACCAUCCUCUCCUGGGUCUCCUUCUGGAUCAACUAUGAUGCCUCCGCCGCCAGAGUGGCCUUGGGGAUCACUACGGUGCUGACCAUGACCACCAUCAACACCCACUUGCGAGAGACACUCCCUAAGAUCCCCUACGUGAAGGCUAUUGACAUGUACCUGAUGGGCUGCUUUGUGUUUGUCUUCCUGGCCCUGCUGGAGUACGCCUUUGUCAACUACAUAUUCUUCGGCCAGGGCCCUCAGCGACAGAAGAAGGCGGCUGAGAAAGCAGCCACGGCCAAUAACGAGAAGCUGAGACCCGACCCCAACAAGUGGCUGGUGGGAAAUGUAGUUCAGAGAGAUGAUGCUCUGUAUGCCAGAAUGAAACAGAGGGAAAUUGACGCAUAUGACUCGAUGUGGGAUCCCAUCUUUGUGGACGAUGCCGCAUUAGGACUAGGCGAGCAAAGAAAUAAGAUGACUCCUGACGACAACAUCCUGUUCAGCACCUUGGAGAUGAAGAAUGAGAUGGGUGGUGCCGGGGAUCUGUCCCGGGGCCUGGGAGCACCCGGGGACCCCCGCAACACCAUGCUGGCCUAUGAUAGCUCGACACUGCAGUACCGCAGGGCAGCCAUGGCCCGCCAGAACUAUGGCCAUAGCGCCUUGGAGCGCCACGCCCAGAAGAAGUCACGCCUACGGAGACGGGCCUCCCAGCUCAAGGUGAACAUCCCAGACCUGUCCGACGUGAACUCUAUCGACAAGUGGUCCAGGAUGAUCUUCCCCACCGUCUUCUCCUUCUUCAAUGUGGUCUACUGGCUAUACUACGUCCAUUAA